AUGUCUACCACGACCGAAGAGAAGCUCGCGGGAGCUCAAGCUAUAUCAGGUGAAGAUGAUAGUAGAUCACCUUCGACCAUACCCGACCACAAGCAAUCCCUCGCUCAGGAGAUCGCAGCGAUGUCGCCUGAGGAAUACGAAUUAGCAGAAAAAAAUUUGGUAUGGAAGAUUGAUAGAAAUCUGGUUCCUUGGAUGACGUUACUCUUCACAAUGUCUUUCUUGGACAGAAUCAAUAUAGGUACAGCAAAACUUGCUGGCUUGAACACGGAUCUAAAAUUGACUUCCUUACAGUAUAACAACGCUUCGAUGAUCUUCUUCGUCAGUUACGUCGCAGCUGAAGUACCUUCAAAUCUCGUUCUCAAGAAAUUCAGACCAUCAAGAUGGAUUCCAUUAAUCAUGAUCGUUUGGUCAAUCUUCCAGACUACUAUGGGUCUCGUCACAAAUUACCAUCAACUGCUUGCUCUUCGAUUUUGUCUCGGUUUAGCUGAGAGUGGUUUAUUCCCCGGUAUCUCGUUCUUCUUGACUGGAUGGUACAAGCGUAAAGAAGCUUCCAAAAGAAUCUCACUUUUCUUCGCUGGUGCUGUGUUAGCAGGAGCGUUCGGUGGUAUUUUCGGAUACGCAUUGAGUCGGAUGGAUGGUGUUGGAGGGAAAGCAGGAUGGUCCUGGAUCUUCAUCAUCGAAGGUCUCCUAUCAUUUGUCAUUGGUAUCGCAUCUAUCUGGAUGGUUCACGACUGGCCAGAUCAAGCUAAAUUCUUGACUCCGCUCGAGAAAGAGAUGGUCAUCUUGAGAUUGAAGGAGGAUACUGGUAUAAUGCAAGAAGGGACAUUCAGCUGGAAGGUCAUCAAGAGAGCUUUGAAAGAUUGGAAGACACCCACUUUCAUGUUGAUGUACAUCGGUUGUGCGGAACCCAUCUACAGGCUGUUCUCUCCUACCAUCAUCGCUGCUCUCGGUCGAUUCACUACCCCUCAAUCCCUUCUGCUCAGUACACCUCCCUACGUCCUUGCAUUCAUCACCACCAUGACUACCGCCUAUCUCUCCGAUCGCACAGGUAAACGAGGAUUCUUCUUGAUGUUCUGGUCAGCAAUGGCUGCUAUUGGAUAUCUGCUCUUCUUGACUGUUCCUAUAAGGUAUCCUGGGGUCUAUUACUUUUCCGUGUUUUUGACUACUUGCUCAAUAGCUCCCUGUAUAGCAACUGUGAUUGUCUGGUCAGGAAAUACAUUCGGUAAUCACUACAAAAAAGCCACUUCGAUGGGUUUGAUAUUCUCCCUAGGUAACUCGGGGGGUAUCAUCUCUUCUCAAGUAUACCGAGGCAAGGACUCGCCCAGGUUCCUCGUAGGUCAAGGAGUGACAUUUGGGUUCUCGUGCAUAUGCUUCAUAUCAGCUUGUAUAAUGUAUUUCGGCCUACGCCGAGAAAAUAGACGAAGAGAGAAACUCUACGGACCUGCUCCUGGACCAGGACAGAGCCACGAAUGGUCUUCUGAAGAAGGGAAGAGGAAAUAUGGUUUGGAGGGUUUGACGAAAGAGCAAAUCGUUGAAUUGGGUGAUGAUCAUCCUGCUCAUAGGUUUAUCUUAUAA